AUGAGCGGCAGAGGAAAGGGAGGGAAAGGAUUGGGCAAGGGAGGCGCCAAGCGCCACCGCAAAGUCCUCCGUGAUAACAUCCAGGGCAUCACCAAGCCCGCCAUCCGCCGCCUGGCCCGCCGCGGCGGAGUCAAGCGCAUCUCCGGCCUCAUCUACGAGGAGACCCGCGGCGUGCUCAAGGUCUUCCUGGAGAACGUCAUCCGGGACGCCGUCACCUACACCGAGCACGCCAAGAGGAAGACCGUCACCGCCAUGGACGUGGUCUACGCCCUCAAGAGGCAGGGACGCACUCUGUACGGCUUCGGGGGCUGA